GAGAACGCCUUCUCAAAUCUUCAACGGUCUCUCCUCUCCUCUCCUUCACUCUCUCUCUUCUUCUUCUUCUUCUUCUCUGAGAAGAGACCCUUCUUCUGCUUCCACACCAUGACUUCCUCCUCCUCCGUCACUCUCUCCCAGGCCCUCCUCGCCCGGGCCAUCUCCCACUCCAACUCCACCUCAGACCGCGUCUCCCUCUCCUCCGCCAUCUCCCUCCCCUCCUUCUCCGGCCUCAAAUCCACCUCCUCCGCCGCCGCCUCCGUCAAGCUCGCCCGGGUCCCACGGCGCCGCCUGAGCCGCCCGGUCCGGGCUGCGGCGGUCGAGACUCUCGACAAGACUACUGAGACCUCACUGGUGGAGAAGUCGGUGAACACGAUCCGGUUCUUGGCGAUUGAUGCUGUCGAGAAGGCCAACUCCGGUCAUCCGGGUUUGCCGAUGGGGUGUGCUCCGAUGGGGCAUAUUUUGUAUGACGAGAUCAUGAGGUAUAACCCAAAGAAUCCUUACUGGUUCAACCGUGACCGGUUCGUGUUGUCUGCUGGCCACGGCUGUAUGCUGCAGUACGCUCUGCUUCACCUCGCUGGUUACGACAGUGUCAAGGAAGAGGACUUGAAGGGCUUCAGGCAAUGGGGAAGCAAGACCCCUGGACAUCCCGAGAACUUUGAGACACCCGGAGUUGAAGUCACCACUGGUCCUUUGGGGCAAGGUAUUGCAAAUGCUGUUGGUCUGGCCCUUGCCGAGAAGCACUUGGCUGCACGUUUCAACAAGCCAGACAGUGAGAUUGUUGAUCACUACACAUAUUGUAUAUUGGGUGAUGGUUGUCAAAUGGAGGGUAUUUCUAAUGAAGCUGCUUCCCUUGCUGGGCAUUGGGGACUUGGAAAGCUGAUAGCCUUCUAUGAUGACAACCACAUUUCCAUUGAUGGAGACACUGAGAUUGCAUUCACCGAGAAUGUUGAUGCCCGUUAUGAGGCUCUCGGAUGGCACGUUCUCUGGGUGAAGAAUGGAAACACCGGGUAUGAUGAGAUUAGAGCUGCCAUUAAGGAAGCAAAGGCUGUGACAGACAAGCCCACUUUGAUAAAGGUGACAACAACCAUCGGUUUUGGAUCUCCAAACAAGGCAAACUCAUACAGUGUUCAUGGUGCCGCUCUGGGUGCCAAGGAAGUUGAUGCUACCAGGCAGAACCUUGGAUGGCCAUAUGAGCCUUUCCACGUGCCAGAGGAUGUUAAAAGUCAUUGGAGUCGCCAUACUCCGGAAGGUGCAGCUCUUGAAGCUGAAUGGAAUGCCAAGUUUGCUGAAUAUGAGAAGAAGUACGCAGAGGAAGCUGCAGAGCUGAAAUCCAUCAUCACUGGUGAGCUACCCGCUGGUUGGGAAAAGGCACUCCCGACUUACACUCCAGAAGUCCCAGCUGAUGCUACCAGGAAUUUAUCUCAGGCAAACCUCAAUGCACUUGCACCAGUUCUUCCUGGUCUAAUUGGUGGCAGUGCAGAUCUUGCUUCUUCCAACAUGACUUUGAUGAAAAUGUUUGGAGAUUUCCAGAAGGGUACCCCAGAAGAACGCAAUAUUAGGUUUGGUGUUAGGGAGCAUGCGAUGGGAGCCAUCUCCAAUGGAAUUUCUCUUCACAGCCCUGGAUUUAUCCCGUACUGUGCCACUUUCUUUGUUUUCACUGACUACAUGAGAAAUGCCAUAAGGCUCUCUGCAUUGGCAGAAUCUCGAGUUAUCUAUGUUAUGACCCAUGAUUCAAUUGGACUUGGAGAAGAUGGACCGACCCAUCAACCGAUUGAGCACUUGGCAAGUUUCCGGGCAAUGCCCAACAUUUUGAUGCUCCGCCCAGCUGAUGGGAAUGAGACUGCUGGGUCAUACAAAGUUGCAGUUGAGAACAAGAAGAGACCAUCUAUCCUUGCCCUCUCUAGGCAAAAGCUGCCAAACCUUGCUGGAACUUCCGUUGAGGGAGUCGCAACGGGUGGCUACAUUGUGUCAGACAACUCUACAGGUAACAAGCCUGAUGUUAUUUUGAUCGGUACUGGCUCUGAGUUGGAAAUUGCAUACAAAGCUGGUGAGGAACUCAGAAAGGAAGGAAAAGCAGUCAGAGUUGUCUCCUUCGUUUCUUGGGAACUCUUUGAAGAUCAAUCAGAUGCAUACAAGGAAAGUGUUUUGCCCGCGGCAGUAACAGCCAGGGUUAGCAUUGAGGCUGGAUCCACAUUUGGGUGGCAUAAGAUUAUUGGAACCAAAGGAAAGGCAAUCGGAAUUGACCGAUUUGGAGCAAGUGCACCAGCCCCAAUUAUAUACAAGGAGUAUGGCAUUACUGUUGAGGCCGUUAUUGCAGCAGCAAAAGAAGUUUGCUAGGAAAAGUUAGCUACUUGAACUGAAGGGUGGUUCUCACUUAUUGGCACAAAACAAUGAUAUGGAUGACUGAAAA